CCAUAAUGGCCCUGUCCGCUUGCGCAUCGUCUGUUUCAACCUGCCAAUGAGAUUGCUCCAUUAUAUUUAGUUUCCCUUUCCUCCUGUCACCCAGUGACCCAACGUAGUCCAGGCAAGUUUUCAUUCUCACCCCCCUGAUAUGGACCCGUCAGGUCUCCUCUUAAUCAAACUGAUGCCUGCCGGGUGGUCUGUUUCAAUUCAGGGCCACAGGCUAAAAUUUGCUUCUGUCAUUUCCCCUCAAACAUGUGUGCUCAACUGCCCGUUUAUUCGCGGUUGUAUUGAUCUCCCAUGACAUUUCCGGGGCUCCCUUCGUUGACGUUUGACGGCUGUGUCUGACUAUCGAAAUCUCCAGGCUUGCGGGUUGUAUUGUGAGCCUUAGAACUGCCCGGGCUGGUUACCGGCAGUACUGAAGUCAUGAGUACUCAACAUUCUCAGUCGACGUCCAUGCUUAAGCGCAUCGACUUUUCUCGCCUACAUGUGGACAUCGAUGCCCAUCUCAACCCAUAUCUUCCGCCUCCACCGUGGCGUCGGCUGCCCCGGCCAAUCUCCCGCUUUUUCGGAUACAGAGAGACUAUACCCCCGAAACCCCUGGGAAACCUUGUGGUUGCCUUCUGGGCCUUGAUCGGUGUCUUCUGCGGUGUGCUUAUCGUGGCGGAGGUGUCUGAGCAUGUCCCGUCCUUCCAAGCCCACCAUGCCCCGAUCAUUGUGGCCAGUUUUGGUGCUGCUGCUGUCUUGGAAUUCUCUGCCAUCGAAUCACCCUUUGCCCAGCCACGGAAUGCCGUUCUGAGUCAGGUUAUUGCUAGUUUCGUUGGCGUCGCGAUCGGCAAACUAUUCGCGCUCAACGAAAAUGCUCACUCCAUGCCGCAAGUCGGAGGGGCUCUCGCGUGUGCUAUCACCACUGCUAUCAUGACAUUAACAAAUACAAUCCACCCUCCUGCUGGUGCGACGGCCCUGCUUGCUGUCACACAGUCAUAUGAUGUGGGCUGGUACUUGAUCCUCAUCAUGCUGCUGGGAUGUGUGCUCAUGCAAGCGGUGGCUUUGCUCAUCAACAAUAUCCAACGCCGCUUUCCUAUCUAUUGGUGGACGCCGCAGUCUUUGGAGCGGCCCAAGCCCGAGGACCCGGAAAGCGCCAGGCAAGCGAAAGAAGGAAGCGCCGCUUCCAUUUCAACUAACGACACAAUUCCUGGCGCUCCGAUGCAGAUACUCAUCGAACAUGGUAGCGUCAUGCUGCCAGAUAAUUUCACAGUGACGGAACAGGAGAUGCUUGUCUUGAGGAGGAUUAGCGAACGAAUAUAGCUAUCCAAUAAGAAGAUGAUACACAGAAUCGGCCUAGUUGUACCUGGACAAAGUUCUGUUUAUG